CACAGCUAGAGUUCUUCCUCUUGUCCUGUCUAAUAAAUCAAAACUAAGCUACAAUGCUUGUUGUUUAUUCACUUGGUUUGAAGCUUCAAACCUUCUAAGCCAUUCAAUGGGUCCUGCCCCGGUUGUUGUUCGAAUCAAAUGGAGGAAUGGAAAUUUUAGUUGUUUUGUGAACAAAGGAGAAAAUUGAGUCUGCUUUAUUUGCACUUAGCUAUCAAUGUAUCACGUUGCUUGUCUAUGUCCACUUUAUGCUCUGGAAGGUUCACUUUCUGUCUGAGGGGAAGCCUUUUUCCCUUUUUUUCCUAAACAUUAUAGUAAUAGGCCGGAUUCUACGAUCUUUGAAGGAAGAAGUAACUAGCUAGUAGCUACUCCCGAGUGGAUUAUAUUCCUUUUUGUUUUUGUCAAAGCCACAAUGAGUCUUCUUUUACUUUACCGUCCUCUCAGUCCUAUAAAGCUGCCAAUGCUAUGUGUUCCUUGUUGAGUCCUGCAAGAUAUCUCUCGAGCCUACCUAGUCAAAAUUCUCUUUCCCUUUAAUCAUGAUCCUCUUGUGUUUAUUUUAACUCCAUUAUAAUCUAGACUACGUUGAACCGGUAUUAUACUAAUUUAUUGAUAUAUACAUUAUUUAUAGGCUACUUUCUUAGCUCUAGGUGUUUAGGCAAUACUGGAUUCUCGAGAUGGGUGAUCUUGAAAAUGCAUUGGGGCUUCAAAGUGUUUCAGAAAUGACAGUUAGUUCUGCCUCUAUGGCUAUGCCUUCAGGCGCGGCUAAUCCUUUUCUUUCUUCUUCCGCUUGGGAUCCACUUGUUCCUUUGAGUCAAACUUUUGGAGGCUCUCUCGUGGUUUCUCAUAGUGAGUUUGCCCAUUCAGCUUACCCUUUUGUUAUGAACUGUGACUCUCACUUUGUUCAAUAUGUAUCUGACUCAAAUUUUGAGCACAUGGCCCUUAAGGUUCCCUCCAUUGGCCAAACGGGUUGUUAUGAUAUAGAUAAUAACAUAGGGUAUCUGCCAAAUCAUAAUCCGAGUAAUGAGUCUGGAAUAGAAAGGAAUCAAUUAAAUAAUGAGAAAUCUAAGCACGAAGAUUCUACUUCUGAAGAAGGAGCUGCACCUGGUGAACAUAAAAGAAAACGAGGACUUUACUAUAAUGUUACUUUCAGUUCAAAUAAGAAUGCUGAGGGGGAAACACUUCAAAAUUCUUCUGGGAAGAGCUGUGAUGAUGUGAAAGAACAAUGUGAAAAGAAACCAAAAUUUGCACAAAAUAGUGCAGCUAACUUAUGUGGAAAGCAAUUGCUGAAGCACAAGAAAGAUGACUCCGAGAGUGAAGAAGCUCCCAAAGAAAAUUUCAUUCAUGUGAGAACCCGAAGAGGUCAAGCUACAAACAGUCACAACCUUGCAGAAAGGGUAAGGAGAGAAAAGAUUAGUGAGCGAAUGAGGUUGCUUCAAGAACUUGUUCCAGGAUGCGAAAAGAUAACGGGUAAAGCGGUAAUGCUGGAUGAGAUUAUAAACUAUGUGCAAUUACUGCAACAACAGGUUGAGUUUUUGUCUAUGAAACUUGCCACUGUAAACUCAAUUGAAUUUUAAUGUAGAGCAGAUCCGUUCCAAAGAUUCACGCAUUGGACAUGCACCUAUUGGUGGAUAUGGUGCCAGCAUCAGCAUGCCUAGCCAAUCAAACACAAUUCCUUCCAAUGCCACAGGUAAAGACUAAAGAGUGAAAAUCUCUUGUUUGUGAGAAUUUGAAAAUAAUAAUCAUAAUUAUACAUGUAUAUGCGGUCUGUUUUGAACCAAAGCUUUCAUGGAACAAGUUACAAUACCAUUACAGCUCUUGACAAUUUGGGAACCAGUGGAUGCUUGAAAACAGAGUUAUAGAGUGUGAGAUAUGUGGCCUUGUUUCUUUGAACAGACUUUGUAAUUUUAUUGUCCAGUUGACGGAACAAAUUAACUGAAGUUGAAGGCAGAGACUAAAAGUAGUUAGUUAUUGGUAUAGGAUGUUAAUACCUAACUGUUAGUUCUUCGAACUUUUAGCAGAAGAUGAUUGUUGUCAACUUGUGUUUCAUAUUGGAAAAUGAGGGUAAUUUUCUACCUAAUGUGGGGUACUUUAUGCAAGGGUAUAUGAUUAUCUUUAAGAUUUAA